GUGCGGGAGGAGCAGCGUAGGGGGCACUUCCGAGCAGGCGGUGGAGCGGGGAGACGGCGGGGGCCGGGAAAGCGACAGACAAAGAGGAGGGAGGACAUGAGCGAAGGGAGAGAGCAGGGGAUCAGCUGAGUUAAACCACGCAGCAAACGCGUUCCUGCGGAGAGCCAGGGACAGGUUGCGUGUGUCCCCUCUACACCCUUUCUUUUUGGGCGAGAAGACAAAGCAGCAAGUGGCUCCAUGGGGAAAGGUGGGGAGAAAGGAGGGGGGUCGGGGGAGCCGGAGGCGCAGCUCCGCUUCUACACCUGGGAGGAGAUCCAGAAGCACAACCUGAGGACGGACAAGUGGCUGGUGAUAGAGCGAAAGGUUUAUAAUAUCACCAAGUGGGCAAAAAGACACCCGGGGGGUCAGCGAGUGAUCAGCCACUGGGCCGGCGAAGAUGCCACGGAUGCAUUCCAGGCUUUUCACAUCAAUCCCACCUUGGUGCAGAAGUUUCUCAAGCCAUUACUUAUUGGAGAGCUUGCUCCAGGGGAACCUAGCCAGGAUCGAGACAAAAAUUCCCAGCUGGUGGAGGAUUUCCGGACUCUGAGGAAGACGGCAGAAGACAUGGACUUGUUCAGAGCAAAUCCUUUGUUCUUCUCUCUUUACUUGGGCCAUAUUAUUGUAAUGGAAGUGUUGGCUUGGUUAAUGGUUUCAUACUUUGGUAAUGGCUGGAUCACAACCCUCAUCCUCUCCUGCAUCCUUACAACUUGCCAGGCGCAGGCAGGGUGGCUGCAACAUGAUUUUGGACACCUCUCUGUCUUUAAGAAGUCUUCCUGGAACCACAUCGUCCACAAGUUCGUCAUUGGACACCUGAAGGGUGCCUCUGCAAACUGGUGGAACCAUCGUCACUUCCAACACCAUGCCAAGCCCAACAUAUUCAAGAAAGACCCAGAUGUGAACAUGCUGCAUAUUCUUGUCCUUGGAGAUACACAGCCUGUUGAGUAUGGUAAGAAGAAGCUGAAGUACCUGCCUUACAAUCACCAGCACGAGUACUUCUUCCUCAUCUUCCCACCCCUGCUCAUCCCUGUGUAUUUCCAAAUCCAAAUCAUCUCGACCAUGAUCAAGCACAGGUUCUGGGCGGACCUAGUCUGGGCCAUCAGCUACUACAUACGCUACUUCAUCACAUACAUCCCAUUCUAUGGCGUUCUGGGAUCCCUGUUUCUCCUCACUUUUGUCAGGUUUCUGGAGAGUCACUGGUUUGUGUGGGUCACGCAGAUGAAUCACAUUCCAAUGGAAAUUGAUUCCGAAAAGCACAGAGACUGGCUUAGCUCUCAGAUGGCAGCCACCUGCAAUAUUGAGCAGUCCUUCUUCAAUGACUGGUUCACCGGACACCUGAAUUUCCAAAUUGAGCACCACCUGUUCCCAACAAUGCCACGGCACAAUUUCUGGAAGAUAAAACCUUUGGUGCAGUCAUUAUGUGCCAAGUAUGGAGUCCAGUAUGAGGAGAAGCCUCUUGGAAAAGCAUUUGUAGACAUCGUUGGGUCCCUAAAGAAAUCUGGAGAUCUAUGGCUGGAUGCCUACCUCCAUAAAUGAACAUGAAUCUUAAUGGGGAGGUGUGAGUGACAGGGAGGGACAGGGGUGUAUGGGGGGGAAUCACACACACGUCUUUUACUCUCAGAUCUCAGUCUAUAUCUACGUGCACAGUUGGAGGGGAGUUUCCUGUCUUGGCAGCUGCUACUGGGGAUGGGCUCAGGCAACCAGUUUAAUCCAGACAGAUCUAAAAUGUGCUUCAGAGAAGGAAAAGUGAUGCCAGUAUUGCACAAAAUGGAAGGUUGGGAGAGGAUGGAGAGAAGAAGUAUUUAAAAAAGGGGCAUUAAUAUCCAACCUUCACCUUCUGUUCAUAAAAUUCAUUCUAAUUCUACCUAAACCACACAAGCCCCUGGUUCAGACACUCUUAAUGAGUGUUGUUAUGCUUCAGUCAGCAUUUGCAAUCCAAGGACACCCCAGUCAGCUUCUGCCUCUUUCCUCUUUCCCACUUCUGUGUAUAAGAAUUGCUCAGGCAAGAGUUUCAUUUUGUCAUCAAGGAUCCAUGCUCACCGUCACUACAGGGAGCUCAGGUGGGCUGUGAUGCCCAUCAGCCCUGCCCAGAGCCCAGCUUCCUCCUUUCUCUCUCUCCUUCCUUUCUCUAAUCACUUUAGUAAAAGCUGUGAUACUGACCCUGCACAACUAAUGUCUAACCACCUCUCAGCAGGGUUAAUAUAGCUGUAUUUUUACAACCAGCCCCUAUUUCUGGGGGUCCAUGGAAGAUCUUGGGGCUUAAACAGCAAAAUGUCUCUUUUAGGAGACAUUGCCUCUUUAAUGAGCACCAGCUCUGGCAUAGCAUUAUGGUUGUCAGUAAAUCUCACAAAAGACCAACAUAAAUCAUAGAAGGAAAACCUCCUAAUUGGGGGUGAUGGCUCCAGUGUAACCACAAAUGGUCUUUUCGCACCAGAGCAGUUCAGUGUGCUGCAGAACACCAUGGUUCUGCCUGCCUGCACAUGCCUGGCACAGCCCAAGCCUGUUUCUGCUUGUCAGAGGCCAGCAGUUUACCCCUCUCUUGGGAACAAUCAGCCAAGGAAAGGAGUUCUCCCUUCAAAGGGAGUUGCUGCCCAGCCCUUUGACCUGGCCCUUCUGAAACCAGGACUGACCAGGCUGUGCUGGUGGUAUGAAACCUUCUGGAGAGCCCUUUAACACACUGUCUAAAACUCUGUUUUCUGCCCUACCCCUAACUGCCAAAAUCCACUCAUGGCUUAUCAGGAGAUGUGGUUUAACAGCUUCCAGGUGCUUCUCUAACAGGAAACUUGAUCCCAAGGAAAUCAAGGGCUUUAGACUCAACUGUAAUACAACAAAAUACACAUACCCAUUAGCUCAUGCUAAAGGGCCAUGGUUUCAAAAGCAGUCUCCAGUUACAACAGCUGCCUCUUUGCUCACUCAAAACACACAAUAGGGAUACUCAAGUUAGGAGUUUGCACGCCUCAUUGCUUUGCUCAGCUCUGAAACUGGAUCUUCUCCAUCAAACCCUUGAAUGCUAACAGAGUCCCACAGAAUCAGCAAGAUGCUUCUUGAAGAGAGACGACUUGCAAAACUGGAGCCAGCCACUUCAAACAAUAAGUGGAUUCCCCCCCACCCUCUUUGGAGGAUAAGAUGAAAUGAUAUCUUUACUUAUAGAUAGGAAACUCAUAGGCAGGACUAUGAGUUUCAGCUAACAAGUAAUACUUAAGGUUUGUAGAGAGCAUAUUCUGGUGUUCUCACCCACCCCUAAGCUGGCAAUACCUGAAUAUCACUAGGAAUGGUUACUAGGAAAGCUACUGCCCCUGGGUGUCUGAAGCUCAAACAGACUUUGAGCAAAUUAUAGAAUUGAUUUCUAAUAUCAUAAACAAUAACAUCCUUCUGGAUGCUGUGAUAUCCCAGGCAGCUAGUAAUAAGCUAGCCUGGAAUUGUGGCUAACAUGAAGACUGCCUUAAUACAUGCAUCUCUUUCUGACUCCUUGAAUGUAUCUGUCUCUGCUCCAGCAAGGAUGCCCACAAGCACACUGUAGCAUCAGUGUGCAAUCUUUUAAGUAUUCAGUUUAUUUUUCUGACAGUUCAUACUUUUUCACCCCUCCAGUUCUUGUUUCUUAAUACAGAUGCCUCUUCCUCCUUAGCACUGUCUCCUCUUCUCUCUCUUACCUUUCUUCAUGGGAAACUGCUUUUUAUACCUAGAGAAACUGGUAACUAUAGCCUGGGUAAAGAGUCCUGCUUUAGCAGCUUGGCUUUGUUGCUUGCCACUGACCAGUCUACUCCAAGGACUGGUUUUCUGCUAUAAACCCAGAAGAACGCCCAGCACAACAGCCUGGCCUAAUAGAAGACAGCAACUGCUACUGAUGAUGGCUGGAAAAACUUGAAACCUUGAAGGAGAGCAACCAUGCUGCAAGGAUCUGCAGAAGGAAAGACCAGCUCUUAAAUGGGCAUUUUUUCCCAAGACCUUAGCAGAAGGUUCCAAAGGGAAGAAAGGGGGGGACAGGAAAGAUCUUGGUAUUAACUUUCCCCCAGCUAUUUGCUUCUUUCAGACUCUUGAAGAAUUCCCUUUCCAUGAAAAACGUUCAGUUGCUCAAAUCCAGAAAUAAAAGCUGUGCAAUGUAA